AUGAUUUUUCCCUUUUUCUUUUCCUUCAUUCAUUCAUUCCUUUCUUUCUUUCAUUUGAUUUGGUCUUUCAUUUCAUCCGUUCUUUCUCUCUUUCAUUUCAUCCGUUCUUUCUCUCUUUCAUUUCAUCCGUUCUUUCUCUCUUUCAUUUCAUCCGUUCUUUCAGCUUGUUCUUUCUUUCAUUUAUUUGUUCUUUCCUUUCAUUUUUUCUUUGAUUUCAUUUAUUCUUUUUCUUUCAUUCUUUUUCAUAUACUUUCUUUAAUAUUUCCUUUUUCAUUUCCUUCUCUUUUUGCGUGUGUUUUAUUUUCAAUAUUGCUGUUUUCUUUGCCCUUUUCUGUGUUUUUUCUUUCUUUAAUAUCUCCCUUUUUGUUUUAUUUCUCUCUUUUCAUUUGCUUCCUUUUCUUUCAGCUUUUUCUAUUUUUGUUUCUUUUUUCUAUACAACCAAUUUCUUUUCAGUUUUUUUGGCUUUUUUCAUAUUUUUUCUUUACUUUAAUAUUAUCUAUUUUUUCACGUCUUUUGUUUCAUUUUCUUUUAACUUUCAUGUGUUCGUUUUUUUCCUUUCAUAUUUUUCAUUCAUUUCAUGUUUUUAUUUUCUUUCAUCACUUUCACUUUUCUGUGCUCUUUCUUACCAUUAAGUUUUUUUUUUCUGUUUCUUUUCAGGGUUUUACAUUGUUUUUCUUUUACCUUCUUCUUUUUCCCCCUCUGUCUUUUCUUGUAAUUUACUUUUAUAUUUCUCUUUAA